UAAUGAAUACUCAAUAGAAUUACAUAGUUUUGAAAAUAUACUAAACAUUAAACACUAAAUACAAGUAAAUGUAUAGACAUUGACAUCAAUUAGACAUCACUUGAGUUGAUCCACAUUGAUAUGUAUUGAAUGGUUGGCUCACACCAUGACUGACACCAACGACAAGCCAUUUGUCUGCAGCGAUAAGGAUUGUCUUAUGAGAUUUUCAACUAUUGAUCACUUAAUGGUUCACCAGAAGAGACACGAAAUGAAAUUAAAGUUUCCGACGAUAUCUUCGACAUCGUUCACAAUAGCAGACCAAACACCCACUCCGUCACGAAUUUUGGGCAACUUUUUGCAGAAUUGGGAAGCAGUUGGACUCAAUUCAGAGAUGCAAGAGAUCACAAAUUUGACACCAAUUUUGAACGAUACGAACCAAUCGAAGACCGCUGAAGAUAGCAAUACUUGUAACUCGAAGUCCAGUUCCGUUAGCAAUCCAUUUGCGCAGUCAUUUCAAAAUGCAUUGAAAAAUCCGAUUACGAAACUGAAAAUACCCGAUAUAUUGACCACUACUACAACAUCAGACUCACCGCUCAAUACGCCAUCGAUUUUCCCGAAUGAAGGUCUUAUGGCUAUAGUUAACGCAGCACUAAAUACACCCUAUCAUGACUUUCCAUUGGAUACGACCGGUGCCAACACGGCUAACAUUGACAAAGUGGACGCAAUUAAUAACACUUCAAAUGAAUCAUUGCAACCAAUGACUACUUUGGUUACACGUGUAGUGACGACUGCAUCAAAUGGUCACUCGACUACCGAAACAUUAAGUCAAAAAAGUAUUGCUAUCAAAGGACAACGUUUUCAAGCGGUUCCAGUGAUUCGAACGGCCAAUACUAACAUAAGUCUUAACAAUAAUAUAUCAAUUACUCAAACAGUACCAAACAUUGUUAUCUCAAAACCAAAUCAUCAGAUAAUUAAGACAAUAAACACAAUAAAUACAACUAAAUUACGAACGGUUCCAAUCGCACAACAAACCGUUCAGAAAACUACUGCAAUAAUAGCACCCAAAAUAAAAGCUGAUAAUGCGAUCACAAUUGCCAACAAUAAUUCACUCUAUAAAGUGAUUCUUAAGCUUCCAGACGGUCGAUCAGUUCAGUUGCCAUUAAUUCAAACACCAAUCAAUCAAACAUCACUUCAACCGACAACUGUUACAAACAUUACACCGAAAGAGAACGCAUUGACAACUGUGACAAACAGCGAAUCACUUGCCAUCACAUCGAGCUCUAGUCUGUCAUCAAGUGUUCAAAGCAAAGUUGACGCCUCCUUGGCUUCACUUCCACCCAAAGCAAAACCUGGAAGAAAGAGUAAGUUUGCACCAGAAGAGGAUCCCAAAGAAAAGAAGGCCCGAUCUCUUGAGCGCAACAGAGCUGCUGCCAUGAGAUGUCGUCUUAAACGCAAACAUUGGAUCGAUUCGCUCGAAGAGAAGGCGGAUGAAUAUGAGAGACACAAUGAAAAACUUAAUAACGAAGUGGUUUCACUCAGACGUGAAGUCACUCUUCUUAAGACAGCACUUCUCGCACACAAAGACUGUCCCGUCACUCAACAACAGCAACAGAAAACAGUUUCAUCUAAUGAAAUAAUAACAAUUUCGACCACAAACGGGAAUUUACAUAAAAUAGUUAACAAUAAUUUAGAAUCUAAUGGUCUGACAUGAGAUGUUAU